AUGGUGUUGCUAGUUGAAGCACUUUGUAAGAGUAGAACUUUCUUCACUUUAUAUAUCGGUGACAAUCGGCUUGGACUUCUCGGAUCAAGAGCAUUAGCGGAGAUUUUUCAAAAAAACACUGCAUUAACGACUCGGAAGCUUUAUCGCGUUGAGACCAGCAUUAAUGAUGGAAUUAUAUUAGUCGAAGACGUUCUUCAGAACAAAACGUUGGCUUCACUAGAUUUUAACAAUAAACUUCAAAAAGAAUCUACAGACGCACUUUCUAAAAAUCCGACUUUAGCUUCCUUUAAUCUUAUUAAUACUGAAGGAGUAGUCGCAUUAGAAAAUUCCCUUUAUAAUAACACAACUUUAACCUCAUUAAAUAUUAAUUAA